AUUUCGCCAUAGAGAUGCUGAGAGAUAGAGCGACGUCAGAGAGCACUGAGGCCAAUAGCCGCUUUCGGUUUUGACCGGAAGUCUAGGUUUUGGCUCACUCUAGGGAUGAUGACGACGGCAUCGGAGGACGCUGUCAAGCAUGCGGGGCCAGGGGGGCGGCAGUGCUUUGGGUCCCGGACCUGAGUCCCGCUGCAGACCACAUAGAGGCAAGCGAGCACCGGGAACCCGAAGGGCCAAGGAGCCAGAGGGGUUCAGCAGAGGUUUGCGGAGUUCUGAAAACAAAUAUGACGAGACUUCAAAUGAUUCUUCGUCAGCCUCUUCCAAAGGGCUUGGCAAUGAAAACCCAGAAUCUGGAAGCAAUGGAGCCAUCCGCAGGCCAACUUACUGGCUGGAGAUGAGGGGAAUAAAGCCCACCCCAAACAAAGUUAUGGAGAAGAAAGCUGGAGGUUCUGUGUACAAGGGGAAACACAGACUAGAACAAGACGGUGAUGAAGAAUACGGUGAGGAGUUUUCUGGGAAGAAGCAAAAAGCGUCUAGAAAACAGGAGCAAGUGGGGAGACAGCCUCAUCUCAAGUCCAAAAGCCGAUCUGUAAAAAAAGACCCACCAACAUACCCAGCAGGCAGUUCAGAGGAGAGGUGGUACUUGGAGAUUCUCGAUAAGGGCCGUGUCACUUGCCCAACCUGCAGAGCUGUUGUGAGGAAAACAGUUGAAGGACUGAAGAAGCACAUGACCAACUGCCAGCAGGAGUUCUUCACAUGUCACCACUGCGGGAAGCAGCUGCGGUCUCUGGCAGGAAUGAAGUACCAUGUCAUGGCAGACCACAAUAGCCUGGCCAUGCUGAAGGCAGGAGGCCAGCUGGAUGAGCAGAGCGAGCGAGACCGCCUGCGGAAGGUGCUGAAACGAAUGGGGAAGCUCAAGUGCACAAGAGAGGGCUGCACAGGCAGCUUCACCAGUGUCAUGGGAUACCUCUACCAUACCCAGAAGUGUGGGAAGGCUGCUGCUGAGCUGGAGAAACUGGCUCUCAAGUGCCACCAUUGCAGCAAGGGUUAUAAAUCUAAGGCUGGCCUUGUUUACCACUUGAAAUCUGAACAUGGACCGGUGACUUUUCUCCAUGAAGAAGGCAGGCCUGCUCACCAGAAGGAUGCUGAUACUGAACCAAAAAGCGGAGGCAGAGUUCAAAGGAAAUCCGCCAAGGUGGCUGCCUACUACUUACAUGAGCUGGCCAAUGAGGAGCUGGCCAAGGAAUGGCCAAAGAGGAAGGUCCUGCAAGAUCUUGUUCCUGAUGACCGGAAGCUGAAGUACACUCGGCCAGGGCUGCCCGCUGUUAGCCAAGAGGUUCUGUGCAAGUGGAAAUCAGAGAUAAAGAUGUACCGACGGGUCCACUGCCCCAACCAGGGCUGUGAAUGCGUCUACAGCAGCAUAUCAGGACUCAAGUCCCACCUGGGAAGUUGCACCCUGGGUGAGUUUGUGGCUGGAAAGUACAAGUGUCUGCUGUGUGAAAAGGAGUUUGUGUCUGAGAGCGGAGUCAAAUACCACAUCAACACGGUGCAUGCUGAGGACUGGUUUGACGUUAACGCCGCCACCACCAAGAGCUUUGAGAAGCGGAUGAAGUUGCGGCAGAAGGAAGGGGAGCAAAAGCGGCAGCGCAAGAAGCACCUCUCCAACCGCAGCCGCAAGAGGCGGCUCAGGACUGUGUCUCCCAAGAAGUCCCCCCGGGCAGGUGCAGAGCAGAGGGGGAAGGUGGGCCGCUCUCACCUCGGAGACUGCGAAAGCAGGAGCAGCGAAGAAGAGGAUGCCCACCCUCUGAAACUUGAUCACAAAAGGGGGAGGAAAUAAAAGCUCCAGCUGCAGCCCUCAAGAGCAAGUGGCACAGCAGGCAGCAUCCUGGCAUGCAGGCUGAGUAGGGGAGGGCCAGGGCAUCGGAGAGGGGCCAGUGAGUGAUUAUGAGUUGUCUGCUCCCUGGACCACGUUUGGCUGCAUUAGUUGUGAAAGAGACUCAUACCAUGGACCUCUGGAGAGUUAAAUUGGGUAUAGGCCCCACUGAGCUUUGUGGGAAUUACUUAUACUUGCACAGCAUUGAUCAUUGUCUCUUCCCAAAGUACUCUGGCUGCUGGUUCACUUGCUUACACCUUGAACAGUGAGUCCGGUCCUAAGGAGUGGGAUUUCCUUCUGUGGCUUCUCUGCAACUGCAAAGCUCUGUUCAUUGUAUAAAAUGUCACUCUUUCUAGUAUUGGAUCACAGGGACGGGGUUGGGAGGGGGAGGACGAGGGUUAUUGCCUGGGUUUCAGUUUGGAUUUGGUACUCAUGGAAUAGGUAAGGGGUGGGAUUAGAGGGUGCAAAGAAGAGAUACAGGGUCAGGGGAGCUGUGUUCCUUUACACAGUUCUAUCAGUGGCUACUAGUCAUUUAAUAAAGGGAACCUCCAUGUUCAGAGGCAAUAGACCUCUGAAACGUGGUGCUGAGAGGCAACAUCUGUGCACUGUUUGUUGCCCUUCCAGGACAGUUGGUUGGCCACUGUGUGAAACAGAAUGUUGGUCUAGAAGGACCUCUGGUCUUAAUCUUUUUCUUAUGUUCUUAUGCCAGCAGUUCCUCAGACCCAAGCUGCAUGAACAUUAGAGGGGUUGGGGCAGCUGCCUUGCAUGCUGGGCCAUGUUGCAAAGGUCAGUGCCACAAAGAGAUAGGAGCAGUUGCCCAUCUCCGUUGUUUCUUGGGGGUAAAGUUCCCCUUUCAUCUUUGCCAUCAUAUAAAUCAAGUAACCAGUUAUGAUUUUGUACUGAAUCUGUGAUGUAAGACGUAUCAAGACAGUUCACCCAGUGGAGAAUUCAUGACAUUCAUUACAACAGACUUGGUUCAUAGGCAGGAGAGAAGCAACACUGAAGUUUGUGAAAACUAAUCUUAGCUCAAUGUAACAUCUUUGUUCAGAGGCAGGAGGAAAGCUCUCCUAUCAAAAUGUCUUUAUGAACUUUCCAAGGGGUGUCUGGAUGGCUGUUGCCCAGGAGUAUCUUUUUGUUUGUUAAAGGCAUGGCACUCACAUUCGUAAAUAUAUCAAUACAGAAAUACAGGUCAAUAAAAGAUUUCCAGAACAGCAGAAAAAAGUCUCUGAUUCUUGCUCUCUCCAAUCCCUGCCAUUUCUUUGCUGAAUAUUCUGCCAACUUUCUUGGCUACUAGUCCCAGAUCUGAAUAAGCCACCUUUUAAGUGAUGGUAUCUUUGAUAAGUGCCAUUUAGUUGCUGUAAUAAUUUUGGCUGCAGUAAGCAUUUUCUCUGUAAUUGUGUAGCGGUUGUUAUUAACAUGUUUCUUAAGAAUGCAAAGAAUCCCUUCCAGUGGGCCGAAGAGUACUGAACAACUAAUCAAAGUGUAUAUAAUGUUUCCUCAGAAAGUUACUAUUCUGAGACAAUACUGCCAUACAUGUAUAAAACUUGCAUUUCCUUGGUGAUUUUCUUUAAAUGCUUGUACAAGGAGGCAAAGCAGUACAAUAAAUUACCAAGUCGAGUCAGAGAGU